AUGAUGCGCAUCCUAUCGCGCGAGGACCAAACCUUCGUAUAUGCGCAAUUCAUCCGCCGGCUCAAUUUCCUGAACGUCGCGCACGACCUCACGGACUCUCUGUUUUCGCGCCUCGCGCAGUGCGUGAGGUUGGAGCGGCUCACUCUCAUGAACUGUACCGCGUUAUCAGAUGAAGGUUUAAUGCGCGUACUUCCUCAAUGUCCAAACCUCGUUGCUCUUGACCUCACCGGUGUCGCCGAAGUCACGGACAGCACUGUCGUUGCGGUAGCGAGGUCCGCGAAGCGCCUACAGGGAAUCAAUCUCACCGGGUGCAAGAAGCUGACGGACGCCUCCAUCGUGGCGCUCGCGCAGAACUGCCCCCUCCUUCGUCGCGUCAAGCUCAGCAAUGUCGAGCAGAUCACAGAUCAAUCUCUCUCCGCUUUGGCGAGGUCAUGCCCGCUGCUGCUGGAAAUCGAUCUCAACAAUUGCAAGCGAAUCUCCGACAGUGGCUUACGCGACCUCUGGACGUACUCGGUGCAAAUGCGCGAAAUGCGGCUUUCGCAUUGUGCGGAGCUCACUGACGCGGGUUUCCCUGCACCCCCGAAACGCGAUAUCAUCCCUCCCGGCAUGAAUCCAUUUCCCUCCGCAGGUUAUGCUGGUCACGCGUCGGACUUUCCACCCUUGAAGGUCCCACAGCCGUUCGACCAACUCCGUAUGCUCGACCUUACAGGGUGUUCUCUCAUCACCGACGACGCCAUUGAAGGUAUCGUGUCGGCCGCCCCAAGGAUCCGCAAUCUCGUACUAGCCAAAUGCACGCAGCUCACGGAUAGCGCUGUGGAGAGCAUCUGCCGACUAGGCAAGGGGCUGCACUAUCUUCAUCUUGGCCAUGCUGGGUCCAUCACCGAUCGUUCAAUCAAUAGCCUCGUCAGGUCGUGCACACGGCUCCGCUAUAUUGACCUCGCGAACUGUCUACAACUCACGGACAUGUCCGUUUUCGAGCUCUCUAGUCUGCCGAAACUGCGCCGUAUCGGGCUCGUUCGUGUCAACAACUUGACCGACCAAGCUAUACAGGCUUUAGGGGAGCGCCACGCGACCUUGGAGCGCAUACACCUGUCGUAUUGCGACCAGAUCUCCGUCAUGGCUAUACACUUCCUCCUCCAGAAGCUGCCGAAGUUGACGCACUUGAGCUUGACGGGGAUACCCGCAUUCCGGAGAGCCGAAUUGCAGCAGUUCUGCCGCGCACCACCUCAAGAGUUCAACUCUCAGCAGAGAGCGGCGUUUUGUGUAUACUCAGGACACGGCGUGGCGAAGCUACGAGAUUUCCUCGCGGAUCUCUUCGCCACGAUCACCAAUGAGUUAGCCACUUCGAACGACACGGACUACGAGGACGAUUUCGAUGACGCAGAGCAGGUAGAACCCCGAACUGCACCAGACGGAGAGGGUGAUGCUUUGGAGGAGGAUGACGAUGAAGAGGACGAUACCGCGUCGGAAGUAUUCGUUGCGCAGGGAAGUUCCAACGUACACGAAACACCGCGGGCCCCCGAUCGUCCUAUGCACGAAGAGCCUCCCGCUAAUCGUACUCAAUACACGCCUAGCCGAGAACACCAUAUAGUACGGGAACCUAGACGACACCCUACACCCCGCGCCCAUCCUCGCGCUCAGGUCGCGAGCCCUCCGACCUGGUUGGAUGCUGCGGGUCCGUCGAGACCUCGUCGAGGUUUUGGGCAACAACCUCUCGUUGAACAGUCGACAUCCCCUACGCCCAGCGAGGCUGCGUCCAAUCGCAGCGCCGGCACGAAUCAUUCCACUGGCACGGCAUUCUUCCGAACGUAUACGGACGCGAACCCUGCUAUCCGGAACGGCGUCAUGACUCCGGACCUUGUCUUCGCGGAGAUCGGGCAUGGACGUGGGGCUGGACCGGGGCCGAGCACCAUACUCGCGCAAAGUCCUGGUCGGCGAGAACCUGGUCCCACCAUGGAAAACUCCUAUCCCGCCGUCUCCUCCAGUCCCACCGGGCGCAACCUGACGGCAGCGUCCGCGACUCUCAGUAUGGCAGUCUUUGAUUCUCGGCAUCCUCCCCACCACCGCAGCGAACCACGAGUGGACCUGACGUCGGGUCGGCCACCCGUCCUGCAUGAUGCAUCCAACUCCUAUAUGCGCCCCCACCAGCAUCCAGACGGCACCAUCGGCUUCUCUGUCCUCCGAGAAACGUCCCCCCGCUCGCUGUCUCCCACACCGAGCACGCGGGAGCUGCAGGAGUCUGUGCAUUCUGCGCUCGCGGGCACAAAUCCCAUACCGGAGGGCGAUGGCCGAGGGCGGAGCGUCAAGCGGACGUUGCGUAACACAUUCGCCGUCGCGGAGACAUUCUUCAGCAGUCGCGGUGCCGGCGGGAGCGGUGCGGACGGCGCGGCGGGCUUGACCGGCAGUCGCGACGUCGACACCCAUGGACACUGAGCUGCGUCUGUGGUCUCUCGGUUCCCAGUUCUUCCUCUUUUCUUUGUGUCUCAUGCUGUCUCUGUACCCCGAAUAUUGUAUAUACCACAGUCCGGUCCGUUUCUCCCUGGAUCCUUGUCUCCGCAGCGCAUUUUCAUGUCCGUUAAUUCUAAUUCACCCGUGGUUGACUAGCAUUGUUGAAGUACCUCUCUGUAUGCGCACAGCUGUAUCACAUAUAGCACAUCUCGUAUUCUACGCUCCUUAGAACAUGGCUAGCUUCGCUCAUAUGUUCUC